GAUGAAAGUACUCGGUUACAUACGCAAUUAACGUUAAUUAGCGCACAGCGUAGGAGAGAAAUCAAAAUUGAAAUUUUAGUUUUAUUUGUACGCUAAUAAAGUGCAGGUGCUCAAACAGCAGCUGUUCUAAUUAAAGUUCGUUGAGUGUCUUCAAAACAAUAUAUCUGAAGAAUAACAACAAAUUCGAUAUCAAUUUAUAAUACGCCUUUAUUGUGGGUCAGAAACAGUCUUGAAUUUAAACGCUUAGUGCAAUUUUCAACACGGAGCCGUCAAGUCAUGGCUCGAGAGGAUGAGGAGCGCAUUGUGGACAACGAGGAGGUGUCCGCGGAGGCGGAGGAGUCGGGCGGACGACAGGACAAUGAGCUGGCGCUACCCUCGGGCGGAUGCUGCAUGCCAUCGAGCACAUCUCAUCGGUUUCUGGCACUGAUCUUCAUGUGCCUGCUCGGAUUUGGAUCGUACUUCUGCUAUGACAAUCCCGCUGCACUGCAGGAAGUCUUUAAGCGUGAUCUGAAAUUGAGUGCCACGGAAUUCACGCUCAUAUAUUCCAUUUACUCGUGGCCAAAUGUUAUACUCUGCUUCCUGGGCGGAUUCCUCAUUGAUCGUUUGUUUGGCAUACGACUUGGCACGAUUAUCUAUAUGCUAAUACUGCUGGUGGGUCAGCUAAUCUUCGCCAGCGGCGGCAUACUGGACACCUUCUGGUUGAUGAUACUGGGACGCUUCAUCUUUGGCAUUGGCGCUGAAUCCUUGGCGGUGGCCCAGAACAGUUAUGCUGUGCUCUGGUUCAAGGGCAAGGAACUCAACAUGGUCUUUGGAUUACAGUUGUCUGUAGCCCGUUUUGGCAGCACUGUCAACUUUUGGGUGAUGCAGCCCCUCUAUGAUUAUGUGAACAAGUUCUAUCAGGGACAUCGCACUCUGGGCGUGGUCCUGUUGCUGGCCACGCUCACCUGUGUCGGCUCCUUGCUGUGUGCUCUCAUUCUGGGCUAUAUGGACAAGCGUGCGGAGAGGAUUCUGCAGCGGAACAACAAUCCAUCUGGUCAGAUUCCCAAGCUGACGGAUGUGUUUACAUUCAAGCCGCCCUUCUGGAUGGUCUCCAUCAUUUGUGUCGCCUACUACGUGGCCAUCUUUCCGUUCAUUGCUCUGGGACAGAAGUUCUUCAUGGAUCGCUUUCAGUAUACGCCAACGGAGGCCAAUAAUGUGGACUCUUUGGUGUAUCUUAUUGCGGCGGUAUCCUCGCCUGUCUUUGGCUUCAUCAUCGACAAGCUGGGCAGGAAUGUUACCUGGGUGUUUAGUGCAACAACCACAACAAUUGGCGCGCAUUUGUUGCUCACCUUUACGGAUCUGAAUCCGUACAUAGGCAUGACCAUCAUGGGCUUGUCCUAUUCCCUGCUGGCCGCCAGUUUAUGGCCUCUGGUGGCACUCAUCAUUCCGGAAUAUCAGCUGGGCACCGCUUACGGCUUCUGUCAGUCCGUACAGAAUCUCGGCCUGGCUGUCAUCACGAUUUUGGCUGGGAUUAUUGCCGAUAAGAGUAACAACGAUCAUACCUGGGUGCAGCUGUUCUUCAUUGGCUGGUUAACCGUUGCCCUGAUUGCCACUUGUGUGAUCUGGGGCUAUGACAAGAAGCAGCGUGGCAAUCUCAACAUGACUCCGGCACAACGAAUCAAUUUUGUCAACUCGGCGACGUAUCAGAACUUUGAAUAGGGGGAGGAUUGGAGGAACUGUGCAGCAGGCAGAGCCAACAAUGUGUCAUCAUCUUGAACACAAUUCCCGCAGAAACUGAACUAAUCAACAUUAAGAGAAUGCGGGCGCAUUCUCGGGGAAUAUGUAUAGAUGUUGAAUAUUUUAUGUUGGCUCAUUGAUCAUUAAUAAUUGAUAAUUGAUAAUGUGAUGUGCGAAUAUUGAGUCGCAAAUUGGUAUUUACUAAAUGGAAUUGUUUAUUGUCGAAACAAGUACACACACACACACUCACACAUACAUAUACAUAUAUAUAUUUUUUUAAUUUUAACGC